AAUAACUUCCAGUCGUCCUUACACUUGUUACUCCUCUUUGCCAAACCAACCGGUCCGAAAAUUCAAAGGCUUUUUCCCGAGAAAUCAAAAUCACACCAACAAUUCUGCCCAGAAAAAAAUGUGCUCGGAACCCUAACCGGCGACUCUCCGACGAUGAAGUCGAGCCUCUGGCCCCGUCUCCAAUUCAAAGCCGCACGAAGCUCUCUCUCCUCUUCUUCUUCUUCUUAAUGGAACGAAACCGAACCCCCGCCGCAGCAGAGCCGAACAAGAACAAGAGCGAUCCCGAAAAGGUGAAGGUAAUCGAAUGGGAGGAAUUCGACCAGGAGCUUGCCAGGUUGUGGAGUCUGUCUUCUGCGCUCAAGGACGCUCAGGAGAAGAAGCAGAGUCUUAAGCAGAAGCUCGAGUCUCUCAUUGAGGUUGAAGCUGAGUCAUUGAAUCGAUCAAAUGAGCUUGAGGAGAUGCAGCAGAAACUGGAGGCGAGAAAAGUGGUAAUGGGAAACAUGUCUAUGCAUUCUAUGGUUGCCGUGGAGGAUACUAAAAAGAACGAGGGACAGCUUAGUACAGAACUAAGGUCGCUAUUGGUUGCUGGGACAGCUCUAUCUGCAGCUAGGAAGAAACUGGAGGAGUCAAAUCAGCUACUUUCCAGGGACAAUGGAUAUAUUCGUCUUAAAAACUUGCAAAAGAUGCUAAGAAGAAGACAACAAAAUAUGAUAACACAAGUUUCAUUGCUCUAUCCUGUAAAGUUCACUAUGGGUCCUGCUCACGAACAGGAGCUUGAAUCAUUUCCUAACACUAGUAGAUCAGGUAAUUCUGCUCGAUUUAAACCUGCAAACCAGGGAACAUUGACAAUUUUAGGUUUGCAUUUGACUAUGCUGCCUUUUAAAAUGACAAGUUUCUUCACCGACAAGAAAGAGGUUCAGAAGUCUGCAACAGCCCUGGGAUACGUCGGUCAUGCUGUUUGCCUUAUAGCCUCCUACUUAAAAGUUCCUUUGCGUUAUCCUUUGCGCUUGGGUGGUUCCCAUUCCUAUAUUAUUGAUUAUGGACCAUCCGUAGAGCCUACAUCAUCUGAUUUAUCGUCAAAUACAGUGGUUUCCACGGAUGUGAAACAUGUGGAAUUCCCUCUCUUUUUAGAUGGUCAAGACACAACAAGAGCGGCUUAUGCUGUAUUCUUACUAAACAAGGAUUUAGAACAGCUUCUGAAUUACAUUGGUGUUAAAAGCUUAGGGCCACGGCAUGUCCUGGCCAAUUUGAAGGAGCUUAUUAGGACAGUUCAGUCUGUAGAUUAUAUUGAUACGUGAUUUGGUUUCUGAUGUAACAGUUUUGGCUCUGUAAGUUAAUCUGCAUUGUAAAUGAAUCAUUUGUAUUCUUACCCUGGUGCAAGUUUUUAGUACAGCACCUUGCCAUUUUCAUUUAUACCAAUCAAAAAUUUGAGUAUUCAUAGGAA